AUGUCGUAUAUGUUACCGCAUUUGGAGAAUGGCUGGCAGGUGGACCAGGCCAUUCUGGCGGAAGAAGACCGAGUGGUAGUUGUGCGAUUUGGACACGAUUGGGACCCUACUUGCAUGCGGAUGGAUGAGACAUUGUUCAAAAUCGCUCCCAAAGUGAAGAAUUUCUCUGUUAUUUAUCUAGUCGAUAUCACCAAGGUGCCUGAUUUCAACAAGAUGUAUGAGUUGUAUGAUCCUUGCACGGUGAUGUUCUUCUUCAGGAACAAACAUAUUAUGGUGGAUUUAGGGACUGGUAACAACAAUAAGAUCAACUGGCCGAUAACGGAUGGACAGGAACUGAUUGACAUCAUUGAGACUGUAUAUAGAGGUGCCCGCAAAGGACGAGGUUUGGUCGUGUCACCGAAGGAUUACUCCACCAAAUAUAAAUACUAA